ACAUCUAAAUAGUCUAGCUCGUUCGUCUGUCGAUAGCUCGGUCUGUUCUGCUCAAAUGAUCAAUGCUAUCAUGAUCUUCAACAAUGAUGGCAAGCCUCGCCUUACCAAGUUCUAUGCCCAGAUUGACGCCGCAACGCAAGAGCUCUUGAUUGCAGAAAUCUAUGCUCUUGUCGCCGAGCGCCCAUCGAACCUAUGCAACUUCCUCGAGGGAAGUACCCUCAUCGGCGGCAAGGACGUUAGAGUGAUCUACAGGCACUAUGCUACACUGUACUUUGUCUUUGUUGUGGACGAGGCAGAGUCGGAGCUCGGUAUCCUCGACUUGAUACAAGUCUUUGUGGAAAGCCUAGACAAAUGCUUCGAGAAUGUCUGUGAGCUCGAUCUUAUCUUUCAUUUCGAUGAGAUUCACGCCAUCCUGGGCGAGGUCGUAUGCGGAGGCCUCGUUGUAGAGACAAGUGUGAGCUCCAUCGUGGCGGCUAUCAACGAGAGCAAGCGGACGACACAACGACGAGGUUUGAUGCGAGCACGUUAA